AGAUAGUUCAAGCCGAGCUGUUGUGAAGGAAAUUGUCACCUUGGACAUGGCUAUGGCGGGCCGAGAACUGGCCGUCUCCGAGGAUUGCUUCCGUUCGGUGUUGGUGUAGAACCCUACGCCUUCGCAUUUCUGGUGCCGUGUCUUGUAUCGUCGUUAGUCGCGAAGCAGUUGGUUGGUGCCCUGUCGUGAAGUUGAACUGAAGUUUUUGAGCCAAUUUUCACUAAGUGAGGCCUCGCAAAUUCUGAUCGAGGGUUAUAAAGGUGCGCGAGCUUGUCAGGCCUGGGGGCUCGGCGCUUCUACACGCUGUUGCUGUCCUUCGCCGCCUUUAUAGCUGCCGUUGCGGUGCACUUUCGAACGGGCUCUGCCUCUCUGUUUUCCAUUGGGUGGGGUGUUAAUUUUUUUCUGAAUGAGGUCUGUGUCUUGUUGGAGUUCUGAGUGAUUUAGGUGUAAGUUCCACGCAGGAGGAGAUCGGUGUUUUUUUUGUGAGUGAACGAGUGAAGGUUGAGGAUUGUGAGCAGUGUUACAGUCAUAAGCGGGGCGACAGCAGCAGACUAGACGUAGAUAGUUUUGAGAGUCACUUGAAGUGCAUUUAUUAUGGAUUUGGCAGCUGGUAAAGGUGGAAUGGUCGAUGCCAGUUUUCGACGGUCUCAUGGUACAGUGUUGGUGACGGGCGAGAUUCGCGUGUAGGAUUGGAGCGAGCAGAUACUUAGUCUCGAGGCUGGAUAAAAGAAACAAGCAUCCAUGGCCUCUGUAAGUAUCUUCGUUCAUAGUAUUGGCUCGAGUAGCCCAUUUUUCGGUUUCUCUGCUGGCGGCUGUCAGGAGCAUUGGGCGAACGCCCGCUCUUGUGGGUAUGAUUGGAGAGUUGCGGCCAAAUUUUUGCUAAAGAUGGAAGUCGCUUCUUCUAGGAUAUUAGAUGUUGCACAGGGGCGACUUCUUUCAAGAGUAAUGAUCUUGUCAUUGACUAAGACUUCGUGCUCUAAAUUUACACACUCGGAAAGAGAUUGAUGGUAGUUUCGUUUUCAUGUCGUUGUUUGUUUUUCACUGCCAUCACAAGUAGUGUAUAUUAUGAGACUGCCUUCUUGGUGAUUCUACUGUGGAUUACACGUAUUUUGUCAUUGUGUGUGGUCGCUGGUGUCACCAGGCUCAGCUCACAUAUUGAUAAGAUGAGUUGAUCAAUUUCUGAGAAAUUUUCUUUUUGGUGAAACUUCUCAUUUUUCUUUGCGUCUGACGUUCUUAGGUUUUUCUUACUCAUCCAUCUGCCAAUGAUUAUGCUAUAUUAGUAAUGCAACCCUCCAGCUUGCUUGUAUCUUCUAUCCCUUGUGAUCAGUUCAACGCUUGAGUUCUUCGUGAUGAACUUGAAAUGCCCGUGUGGAACGUUUCUAUGAUUGCGCUGCAGGCCUGCACAAGUUGUGCGUGAUUUGUUCAAAUUUAUGAAAAUCUCGAUUAGAACUCCAGUACGGUAUUAGUAAUAAUGGCGUGGUGUCCAUGUGUUAGGGCUCCAGUUUAAUUGCGUUUUACGCGCUUUCACGGUCAAAACAUUGAUGAAUCGAAUAUUGAACUCGUAAUGAUUUUGUUGUAAAGACGGCGGUGUAAUUUUCGUGAAGUACUGGUGAUGUGUAACGUUAACACUAAGAUUUCUUGUCUCUGCAUCUGUGUGGUUUUUGCUAUCAGACUGAGUUCUGAUACAUGCGGGAGUCUGGGUAACGUGCCCAGUCAAAACCGAUUUUCGUUCGCCUGGCUUUGUCUUCCACAAGUUCACUGUGUGUGCAACUCUUGCAAGAAGGGAGAUCCCAGGUGGUUUAUUCUCUUGCAGAUUGCUUUGCAGAAUCGAUAAUAGCUGCCCUUGCUGAUGGAUGGUAAUACUCAAACUUCGACUCAAGUGUCCAGCCGGAAGCAAGAAAUAAGCUGAAGCUCAAAAUUCCAUGGCCUCUGGUUUUGAGAGGAAGCACGUCCAAGUGAAGAGGACCUCAGAGCAUCCGAAGGUUCUCAUUGCAGACAUUGCUGCCUAUGGAUUUCAAUGGCCACACCGAAUGCGAGAAUGGAGAACAGGCGCUCUUGGGAGGACCACCAGAUAUAAAUCUGCCACUAUCUAUUGAGAUUUGUCCAGAUCCUUGGGGUCUAAAGCCUUCGGACUUGCUGCAUAGUAGCUUGGCUCCAGCUCAAAAUCUUGAAUUGGGAACUUCAAUAUCUUCCAAAGGAAGGCGAUGGGUGCGACGUGGUGAUACCAUCUGGGGAGCCUGGUUCUUCUUCAAUCACUAUUUCAGACCUGCAUUAAACGAUGAACAUCAGAGGAAGCUUGAACGGGAUGGUAUUUUGGCACCCCUCUUGGAUAAAUCUGAUCUGCGACUGGACCUCUUCCUAGUCCAACAUGACAUGGAAAACAUGUACAUGUGGACUUUCAAGGAAAGACCUGAAAAUGCGUUAGGAAAGAUGCAGCUUCGCAGCUAUAUGAAUGGUCAUGCAAGGUUUGGUGAACCACAAUUCCCUUUCAGUGCAGACAAAGGAUUUACUAGAUCCCACCGAAUGCAAAGGAAGCAUUACAGAGGCUUGUCGAAUCCUCAAUGUGUGCAUGGUGUCGAGGUUGUCAGGGCUCCAAACCUGUUGAAUGCCAGUGAGGAUGACUUGAAACGGUGGAUGGAAUUGACGGGCAGGGAAAUAAAUUUUGUAAUACCUCCAGAUGCUGAAGGGUUUUCAGAGUGGCGAAGUCUUCCGAAUACUGACUUUGAUUUAGAGCGAACAUUAUCUCCUCCGAGUAAGCCUCCAAAUGCGUACUCCAAAAAGCAGGCAUCAGCACGAUCGGGACGAAUGAAUGAGGAUAAUGUGAAUGCUGUUAGCCAGUUACCAAGCCCCGCCAGUAGUGCCAGUCGCAGUUUGAGUCCAGGAGGGAAGAGAAAGAAGGCUGAUUCUUCCCUCCCUCCUGGGCUUCUACCCUGUGGCAAUGAAGCUGAUUCUUGUGUCCCUGUUGUCAGCUAUGCGGCUGCUGAAAACUUUCAUACAGGAAUGGAACCAUGGUGGCUCUCAAGUUUCUCAGGAGUGAUGACUGAAGCUUGUGGACCUGUUACAGGAUCGAAGACUAUUUACGAGGAUGAAAAAUCUUACCUUGUUAUGGUAAGCUUGCCUUUUAUAGACUUGCAAAGGCUUAGGGUUUCAUGGCGAAACACUGCAACGCAGGGCAUCUUAAAGUUACAUUGUACCAGCACAGCCAGGACUUCAACAGUGGUGAGGGGAGACAGGACCUUUAAGCUGACUGACCCGAAUCCAGAACAUUGUCCCUCUGGAGAUUUUGUGCGAGAGAUAGGGCUUGCCACAAGAAUUCCUGAGACUGCAGAACUAAAGGCUUUUUAUGCUGAGGCAUGUGCUGGUCUGGAGAUAAUGGUCCCGAAGUAUAACAUGGCCUCAGAGGAAAGAGAAGUUCGGGUAUUUUUGCCACCUCAAAUGAACCAGACCGAAGCCCUACUGCUGUAAACGCGAUGUGUGCGAUCUGGUAUACAAAACUAUUUUCCAGUCCUUUCUGUAAAGUUGUACAUCGUCAUUUUAUGUUAUCCAAAAGUUCUUAUAUUCCGCCUUAUUUAGCUCUCUAAAACUUCUCAGACCACUUCUGAUUUGUAGGAGAGACUCCAAGCUGGAAGAUUCCAAGUGAUUCUUUAUUUCCCCUCCAUUCAUUCACGUUGUAUAUCACAUUUAUUGUUGGAAGGUUCAAUUUUUGAGUUUAAAUUUCAAAUAUCAAUCAUAAUACAUGUCGAAAAGAUAAUGUCUUUGUUGACGAGCA